AUGCAACCCAAAGCUCUUCGCACUUAUUUGCCAAGUGAUCGUGCGCUUUGGCUGUAUUCCCAUCUGCUCUACUUGCUCCGAUCGCGACCUGAACUAGCUGCGACUUUGUGCCGUUCAGUCUGCCUUUCCGAGAUUGACCAGUUUCUAAACAUAAUUAUCCUCGCCUUGCAUCCUAGUGUGUCGGAAGGAUAUCUCGCAUUCACCUUCGUCAGGCUGGUCAUCCAGUCGCAGGUGCUAUCGACGCCGGAGCUCACUUCACUUUUCCGUCUUCCUACUCCCUUCUCUCGACUCCUUAUCGUGUAUACUCGUCGUGAAGCCACCUUGAGCUAUUUAAAGACAGCCCUUGCCGGGUCCCUAACUCGCUUGGCCGAUCACCCUUCCUUAAACAUAGAAAUCAAUCCUAUGAAAGUCUAUGCUCAGUUGUUGGAUACCAUAAUGGCAACAAAUGGUUCUGUACCACCAGAAUUACCGCAGGAGGUAACUAUGGAAGAGGCGACAAUGAAUGAGGAUGUGCAUGCAAUCAUCGUCCCCCGAUUGGCCAUGUUGACAGCCAUCGCAAGCAACAUCCUCGAAAGCGUCAUAGAUAGCCUCGAGAGCGUUCCUUACGAUAUCCGAUGGAUAUGCGGGCAGAUCAAAAGUGGUCUCCAACGUCAGUUCCCUGCCGCAUGUGAGGAGGACAUUCAUUCGGUGGUCGGCCAGUUCUUCCUCCAGCGCUUGAUCAUCCCAGCAGUAAACACUCCCCAAGAGUUUUGUCUUAUCGCCAGGAUUCCCUCCCCAAACUCCUGGAGAACAUUCACCCUAGUUGCGACGAUGCUGGAGGGUUUAAUCACUACGUCCUCAUCCGCAUCCGCAGACAAACUCUAUAUGAAACCACUAAUAGAUCCGUUUGUUGAAGCCAAUCGAAGCCGCAUAAACACUUUUUUGCGAAAGCUUUGCCAGGUGAACGACCCUGAUAAGGACUACUUGGCGGAUCUACCGGAGACAGACCGCACCAUUACUCUCACCGUCAAUGAGCUGUACUACAUUCAUUCGUUGCUCAAUAAGUAUAUAGAUAAUUUCGUGCGUCUAGUUCACCUCUCAAUCGCCCUUGGGCUCUUCGAAGAUCUUCCUGACUUGGAUGAUAACACGCCUGCACAAGUCCCCUUAGCGGACAAUGCUGCUGUUCAGCUGCGAGUUGCUAGCCGCUGGGAUGUCACAAGGACUCUCGUGUCAGAUUGA